UCUUGCGGCUUUAUCUCUCUCUUUUUCUGAGGCCUCCCGAGUUUCCUGUGAAGUCCUGCGAACCGCAGCUUUUUUGCUUCCCUCUCAGCUUGAAACACUAAAUUUUCUUCAAAAUUUGUUUGAAGGCUUUGGGACGUAGGAGAUUGAUGGGGACGAGGGAAGCGUACGAGGAGAAGCUCCGGACGGGCAAUCUUUAUCACGAUCCCACCAUGAACCCUGGCCUCGGCUCCCCCCGCUGCCCCCGUUGUCUCUCCCUCAUAAACCCUAACGCGGAAAAACGGGAGUGGACGAUCACUUCUUCGUUGCAUGAUGCGACUGCUGUGGCUGGUUCGGUGGCUGGCGCAAGGCUUGGUGCUUUCCACGGAUUGAAUACGGGGAUUCCAUUUCUCCAAAAGCACGUGAAAGGACCCAAAUGGCUGCAUUUCUUUAUUGGGCUUCCUCCAUUACUCAUGUUUUCUGUAGCUAGUGCUGCAUUUGGAGCUUAUGCAGUUCCCGAGUUCGUCCAGCUCACUGUGAGAUCCUCUUAUGCUGCUUCAAGUGCAUCACACUACGGUAUAUCACAGAUCACCAGAUAUGUGGAAGCUGCCCGUUCAUCUCACAAUCUUCAUGAUAAGCCCAGAUGAUGAGGAUACAGAGCCCCACUCUUUGUGACAUGUUAAUCAACAGGUCAUGCCUCUAAAUGCUUUUCAGGAAAACAAACUCCCCCAACGGAUUUACAAGGAUGGAUGUGUUUUUUUGUGUGCUUUCUUUGGUAUAAAAUUGUUUAUAUUAUUUAUCUCCAACCAAAUAUAUGAAUCCGUGAUGUCUCAAAUGCUGUUUUCAAGUAUGCUCAUUCAAACUUUUAUCAA